CUAAAAGCCGGCUGAUAAGCCGUUUGCCAAACAUACCCUUAACUUAUACAGAAGAGCUGUUGCCCAAAGCCCUCACUAUUUAAACCCUUUCAGUUGAAAGUUCGCGCUUAUUUGUCGUCAUUUUCCAGAAGCGGAGAUGGUGAAGGGCCCUGGUCUGUAUUCAGACAUCGGAAAAAAAGCCAGAGAUCUUCUCUACAGAGACUACGUCGCUGACCACAAGUUUUCGGUCACUACGCACACCUCCUACGGCGUGGCCAAAAAAUAAGUCUUAAAACAGAUAAGCAGGCAAGGAAUCGAACUCAGCACCUGCACAUAAUGGCCAUUACAUCAUCUGGUGCUAAGAAAGGUGAGACGCUUAUUGCUGAUGUCAACAUCCAGCGGAAGGAUGAAAAUAUCACAAUGGAUACCAAAGUGGACACCAAUUCCAAGCUAUACACGACCAUCACUAUUGAUGAAUCACCAGGGCAGAAGAUCAUCUUUAGUUUCAUUGCUCCUGAUCGGAAAUCAGCCAAGGUGGAACUACAGUACUUGCUUGAGGGUGCUGGAAUCAAUACAAGCAUUGGGCUAUUUGGAAAUCCAUUUGUCACUUACUCUGGUGUUUUUGGGACCAAUACAAUUGCUGUUGGUACUGAUCUGUCAUUUGACACUGCCAGUGGCAAUUUUGACAAAAUCAAUGCUGGAUUGAGUAUCUCGACCUCCGACUUGAUAACUUCUUUAACAUGGAAUGACAAGGGCAACACACUUACUGCUUCAUAUUACCACACUGUAUGGCCAUUAACAAACACAAACGUUGGUGCCGAGUUGGUUCACAUUUUCUCAAGCAACGAGAACUCUCUCACCAUUGGGACUCAACAUGCAUUGGAUCCAUUGACCAUGGUUAAAGCCAAAGUUAACAACAAUGGCAAGGUAUAUGCUCUUAUCCAACACGCAUGGAUUCCAAAGUCACUUUUUACCAUCUCGGGUGAGGUAGACACUCGGGCAAUUGUGAAGAGUGCCAAAUUUGGGUUGGCUCUUGCUCUCGAGCCAUGAUUGUUUUACUGCAUUGGGGUGGUAGUGGGAGCCGGGGAGAGAGGGGUGUUUGGCAUGUUUUUUGGGGGAGAGAAAAUGAGUUGGGUACAAAAUGUUUAUGCAAUUAGUAUCUCUUUGUUUUCACUGGUGGGUUCAAACAUUAAUACUGUAAAAAAAUGAUUUUUGUAUUCACUGGUGGUUUUGUGCCAGUGACUUACCAGUUCAAUAUUAUGGACUUCACAGAAUUUCAUGUACUCUCUUGUAUAAUAUGUUACUCGGUGAGUGUCCCAGUUUUCUAUUAUGUUUGGUUUUGAUAUCAACACUACAGUACAAUGUGGUUAUACUAUGUAUAAUAAUACUCGUUCUUGUU